CUCUUUUUGUUUUCCUCAUCAAUUUCCACCUUAACGGGAUAAAUCCUUCCAAACACUUGCAUUCAUUUUACAUUAAAAUUCCUUCAAAUAAAUGACCUGCAGGAUAAAAAAUCAAGUCUUUGGGAGUUGAUUUUCCAAUUCUCACUAUCUCCCCCUUGGGGCAUGGCUGUCGGAACAUCGAGAUCUCCUGAACCCUUCUUCUCUUCAUCUUCUUCCUCCCAUUCCAACUGGAUUUACGAUGUGUUCUUGUGUUUUAGAGGUGAAGAUACGCGUAAGAACUUCACCGACCAUCUCUACUUUGCUUUGAGAGAUUUUGGAAUUAAAAUCUUCAAAGAUGACCAUGAGCUUCGAAGAGGAGAAUAUCUUGCAUUUGAACUAUUACGGGCAAUAAAAGGAUCCAGAAUCUCUAUCAUUGUUUUUUCAAGGAACUAUGCAGCUUCGAGGUGGUGCCUGGAGGAACUUGUGGAGAUCAUGGAGUGCCGAAGAAGUAUGACACAACUGGUUCUGCCUAUAUUCUAUGAUGUUGAACCCUCGGAUGUGAGAAACCAAACGGGUAGUUUUGCAGAAGCAUUCGCAAAACAUGAAGAGCAUUACUUGUUGGACAUGGACAAAGUUCUUAGGUGGAGACGAGCUCUGUGUGAGGCUGCUAAUUUGUCAGGAUGGGAUCUAAAAAAAACUGCAAACGUGCAUGAAGCAAAGUUUAUCAGAAAAAUUGUUAGAGAGAUUACAAGAGAAUUGAACAGCAAGCACUUGUUUAUAGCACUCUACCCAGUUGGAGUAGAUUCGCGUGUUCAAGACAUAACUUCUUUGUUAAAUGUCGGAGCUAACGAUGUUUGCCUGGUAGGAAUCUUGGGUAUGGGCGGAAUUGGAAAAACAACCAUUGCUAAAGCUAUUUAUAACCAAUAUUUCCAUGGAUUUGAAGGUAAAAGUUUCCUUGCAAAUGUUAGGGAAACUUCCAAGGAACCUAGGGGCCAAGUUCAUCUCCAAAAACAACUUCUUUCUGACAUCUUGAAGACAAGCGAGAUAAAGAUAAGUAGUGUAGACAGAGGAAUUAAUAUGAUUAAAGAAAGACUUUGUAAUAAAGCAAUACUUGUGAUACUUGAUGAUGUAGACCAUAUGGAGCAACUGAAUGCCAUAUGUAGAAAGCGUGAUUGGUUUGGUUUGAGAAGUAGAAUUAUUAUAACAACAAGAGAUGAGCACUUGCUAAAGGAGCUAGAAGUGGAUAACGUAUAUACAGUUUCAACAAUGAAUGAUAGUGAAUCUCUUGAGCUCUUUAGUUGGCAUGCCUUUAGGAAUAGCUAUCCUACUAAAGAUUAUACUGAUUUGUCAAGAAGUGUCAUUGCUUAUUGUGGAGGAUUGCCACUAGCUCUUGAAGUUUUGGGCUCAUUCCUUUUCUCUAGGAGCAUGCUAGAAUGGAAAAGUGCAUUAGAUAAAUUGAAGAGGAUUCCUCAUGAGCAAAUUCAAAAUAAACUUAGAAUAAGUUUCGACGGACUAAGCGACAAUACUGAAAAGGAUAUAUUCAUUGACAUCGCAUGUUUCUUCAUCGGAAUGGACACAAACUAUGUUGUAAAAAUAUUGGAUGGUUGUGGUUUUUUUCCAAAGAUUGGAAUUAGUGUUCUCAUUCAGCGGUGUCUUCUUAAAGUUAGUGGGAGAAACACUUUUACCAUGCAUGAUUUGCUGCGAGACAUGGGAAGAGAAAUGGUUCGUGAAAAACACCCAAACGAACCUGGGAAAUGGAGUAGAUUAUGGCGGCAUGAGGAUGCAUUUGAUAUAUUGAUAUUUUUACGGGGAACAAAUGUAGUUGAAGGACUUACUUUAGAAUUGCCAAGUCUAAGUAAGGUGAAUUUCAAUUCAAGAGCAUUUAGAAAGAUGCAGAGAUUAAGAUUAUUCCAACUUGAUCACGUACGAUUCACUGGAGACUAUAAAUAUCUUUCCAAAGAAUUAAGGUGGAUUCGCUGGCAUGGAUUCACUCUAAAGUUUAUGCCAAAUGACUUUUAUCCAAAAAACAUAGUUGUGUUGGACUUACAAUAUAGCAAUCUCAAAAGAGUAUGGAAAGUUCCUAAGCAGUUGCUUGAGAAGAUGAAAAUUCUAAAUCUUAGUCACUCUCAUUAUCUGAGGCAGACCCCUGACUUUUCAAAACUCCCCAAUCUUGAGGAAUUAAUAUUCGAGGAUUGUACGAGUUUGUUUGAGGUUCACCACUCCAUUGGAGAUCUUAGUAAUCUUGUUUUGGUGAAUUUGAAAGAUUGCAAAUUUCUUAAAAGUUUGCCAAGGAAUUUCUAUAAGUUGAAGUCUUUAGAAACUCUUAUUCUUUCUAGGUGUUCUAAAAUAGACAAUUUGGCUGACAACUUGGGGGAGAUGGAAUCAUUGACAAUUCUUCUUGUGGACAAAACUGCUAUAAGGCAAGUGCCUUUUAGUAUAGUGCAAUUGAAGAACCUCAAAUAUUUAUCUCUAUAUGGAUGUAAAGGAUCAUUGUCCAAGCCAUUGCCUUCACUCUUUUGGUCCAGGAUAUCACCAAGGAAAAGGCCCAAGUCAGUCAAUCUACUGCCAACUGUGCUACAAGGCUUGAACUCACUAACACACUUAUGUCUCUGGGAUUGCAAUUUAUCAAACAACGCAAUUCCUAUAGAUCUUUGGAAUUUAUGUUCUCUUCAAAUUUUAGAUUUAAGAUGCAAUCAUUUUGAAAGCCUAUCCGCACGCUUAGGCGGUCUUUCGAAGCUUCAAGAUCUCAAAUUGGAUUGCUGCAAAAACCUUAAAUCAAUUCCAAAUUUACCCGCAAGCUUGGUUUUUUUACAUGCAAAACACUGCACUGCGCUGGAAAGAAUGCCGGAUCUAUCAAAGCUCUCAAAGAUGAACGGUUUGUACCUUAUUAACUGCCACAAAUUAGUCGAAAUUCCAGGUCUGGAUAAGCGGUCAAAUCCCAUUGUGUCUGUUCUUUUGGGAGGGUGCAUAAAUCUGACAAAUACUUUUAAGCAAAACUUAAUACAGAAAUGGGCUACAUGUAGAGUUGGUAGUGUGUCUGGCAUUUUCUUCCCUGGCAAUCAAAUUCCCGAUCGGUUCACCUAUCAGUGUGAGGGGCCUUCAGUACAUUUUGAAGUACCUAUUAUUGAUUCCAUAUUGAAAGAGUUUGGUGUAUGCGUUUUCACUUCAGUACCUGUUUUGGUAUUAUCUUCAUAUAGAAUUAGCAUGUCAUUUAUCAACCAUACCAAGAAUACUAUUCUGACCAAUCUGGCAGAAGUAUCCGGUGGCCCAUUCCCUCUUGGAGAUCACUUAUUUCUAUGCAAUAUUGUUCUUACCAAUGAUUUUGAGGGUGGUGAUGAAGCGGAGGUUGUUUUUGGAUGGGAAUAUGAUCAAGUCACUGCUAAGAAGAUAGGGGUGCAUCUAGUAUAUGAAGGGGUUGUUGAUGAAGAAAUUAUUCAUUACGCCUCUACAUCUAAUGAGGAUGCCAAUAACAAUAGACAAAACGGACACUCUAGUAUGAGAAAAGCGAGAUCUCCAAAUAAAAUGAAGGAUGCACAAAUUUUGCUUCUAGAGAAAAAGCUCAAAAAUCUUACUAAAGAGGAAAAUGACUUUUUGCUUCUUGGUUUGUUCAACGGGAUAAAACUGAAGCAAAACGAGUUCAUCACUCUGACGGGUGAUUGGUGCAUAACAAUUGUACAACUGUUGUGCACUAGAAUAGAGAUAUGGGGUGGAUCUCACGUAGGAUCUAUGUGGUGGAAUUCACUAUAUAAGACCCACUUCAUGUCUUUAAGACCUUGCACAAUAGCUGCACAACUGUUGGCCUUGUUUGAUAAAAAUGGAAACGGAACAGACUAG